AAGCCAUUUUGCUCGCUUGCUUGUGAAUUGACAUGAAUGAUUUACAAAAUUAGCGAUUGUUUUAUUUCGGAAUCCAAGUCCGGCCAUAGAAUUAGGCCACGUGUUAUUAAUACCAAUCAAUUGUGUACAAAGUCUACGCUAUGUCCAAAUCUGGAAAUGCUUAUAAUGAAGACCUUUUCUAUUACAUCAAAGUGAGCGAAGAUGAAGAUGAAUCUAAUGCCGUUGAGAUUCCCUGUGAAGUUGACGGAACUCUUCUCCUAUCAACACUUGUUGCUCAGUUUCCCGGAGCAUCUGGGCUUAAAUACCGCCAUCCAGAUAGUAAAUGUGUUCGUGGCAUUCGGUUGAGCGAUGGUAAACUGCAUCCACCAAGUGAGGUCGGAUGGGGCAAACACUUGUACAUUUGCGUAUUUCCUAAAGAAAACAAACGUAAAAUGGAAGAUGUCUCCCCUGAGAAUUCAGCGGCUAAAACUAAGAGACUGGAGAAAAAACUUACAUGUUCAGAUUUAAUUUGCCUUGGGCUGCCUUGGAAAUCUACUGAAGAAUCAAUUAAACAAUAUUUUGAACAGUUUGGAGAAGUAGUAAUGGUUCAACUCAAGAGGGAUAAAAAUGGAUCUUUCAAAGGAUUUGGAUUUAUUCGCUUUGCGACUUAUGCAUCUCAAAUGAGAGCUUUGGCACAGAGACAUAACAUUGAUGGACGAUGGGUGGAUGUCCGUAUACCAAAUUCCAAGGAAGGAGUGGUUCCUCAGAUGCCUUGCAAAGUGUUUGUGGGAAGGUGCACAGAAGACAUGACUGCUGAUGAUUUACGCGAAUAUUUUUCAAAGUUUGGAGAAGUAACCGAUGUUUUUGUUCCUAGACCUUUCAGAGCUUUUGGUUUUGUAACCUUUUUAGACCCUGAAGUUGCUCAAAGUCUGUGUGGAGAAGAUCAUGUCAUAAAAGGUGCAUCAGUGUCUGUGUCUAGUGCUGCACCCAAGAUCAAAAGCAAAACCAGCCACAACUGGAAAGAUGAAUCUUACAGCAACAACUGGGAUGGUAACCGAUCUGGACCUUCUGGAGGUUCCAACAAUAAUGGAGGAAAUAGCAACAUUGAUUCACUCAAUAUGCAGAAUUUAGGAAUCAAUCCUAAUGGUGGACCACCAGCUAAUUUUAAUCUUCCCAUUAGUCUAGUUGCGGCUGCUCUCAAUCAAGCUGGUUGGGGAGGGUUUCUGGGUGGUCCUGGGGGCAACCAAGGCCCGAACAACUGGCAAGGUGGACCCCCUCAAGGAGGAUCUGGUAAAAACUGGAAUGGUAACCAAAACUGGGGUCAAAAUGGACCACCACCAACUUGGAAUCAACAAGGAGGAAACCAGGGAUGGAAUGGGGGUGGAGGUGGAAAUGGUAAAGGCAACUGGAAUCAAGGAAAUUGGUCCAAUGGGCCAGGCGGGUGGAAUGGCAAUGGCGGAGGAUCUGGGCCCAACGGAGGGUGGAAUAACAAACCCCAGACAUGAGGCAUUUAAAGCAGAAUUGCUGGAAAAUCAAUUGUUAUCCAAGAGGACUUCUAGGAAAUUGUGGAAAAAAACUCAAGCAACACACUUUGUAAGGAAAUGAUCAUCGCGUCAAUUAUGCGAUAGGUGGCCUAGGACGACGAAAAGCUGAAAGAUGUAACAAACAACAACAGAUGAUGGAGCAGCAGAAUGGUGAUGUUCAGAAAUCUGCUUUAGAAAGCGAAAACCUGACUAUGGAUACAUUUGAAUCGGUUUGUGUAAAGCGUGAAAAAGUAGUAGGAUUAAUAUUUGAAUAAAUGAACACUAACAAAAUAUA